AUGAACCCACUCACGUCCCCAAUCCGGUCACGAUUGUGCUCAUUCCGCGGUCUCCCCCAACGAAUCACAUUCUUGUCUGGCACCGAACUACAUUAUUCGAAACGAUCAUCGUGCACCCAACAACGCCGAAACAUUCACGCUCGAGGUACCGAGUACUUGCAAAACCACGAUCCCGACUUGACCGAAUCUCAGCGUACCGUCCGUGAGGCCAUCGGCAAGGUCUGUGCUCAGUUCGACGACACCUACUGGGCCAACGCUGAACGAGACCACAAAUUCCCCGUCGAAUUUCAGCAAGCAAUUGCACGCGAUGGCUGGCUCGGGAUCUGCAUGCCCGCUGAAUAUGGAGGCUCCGAUCUGGGCAUCCUGGAAGCCGCGACCAUGAUGCAGACCAUUUCCGAGAGCGGAGGAGCAUAUGCGGCCUGCUCAUCGGUCCACAUGAACAUCUUCGGCCUGGAGCCCGUCCGCAAGUUCGGCACCGAGGAGCAGAAGAGACGCAUGCUGGCACCACUCAUCGCUGGCGAGGAGCGAGCGUGCUUUGGAGUGACGGAGCCUAACACCGGACUCGACACGCUGAAGCUCCAGUCCCGCGCCACCAAGUCGUCGGACGGGAGCCACUACACGCUCUCCGGCUCCAAGAUCUGGACCUCGACCGCCCAAGUGGCCGAAAAGAUCCUCAUCCUGGUGCGCACCACGCCGCUUGAGGCGGUCAAGAAGCGCUCUCAAGGCCUGUCCCUGUUCUACACCGACCUAGACCGCUCUGCCGUGCAAGUGACGGAAAUCCCCAAGAUGGGCCGCGCCGCGGUCGACUCCAACAUCCUGUUCUUCGAGGACUGGCGCGUGCCCGCCGAAGACCUGAUUGGCGCCGAAGGCGACGGCUUCAAGCAGAUCAUGGUGGGGAUGAAUGCCGAAAGAGUCCUCAUCGCCGCCGAGGCGCUCGGCCUGGGGUUCGCAGCCUUGCGGAAAGCGGCGCUCUACGCCGGCGAACGACAGGUGUUUGGACGGCCCAUCGGCAUGAACCAGGCGAUACAGCAUCCGCUGGCCGACAGCUGGAUGCAACUCGAGGCCGCGCGAUUGAUGAUCAACCAAGCGGCCAGACUCUAUGACGAGGGCUAUGAGGCGGGCGAGUACGCGAACGCCGCCAAGUACCUGGCUGCCGAGGCCGCUUACACGGCCUGUGAGAGGGCGGUAAUGUCGCACGGUGGGAUGGGCUAUGCGAAGGAGUAUCACGUCGAGCGCUACUUCCGGGAGAGCAUGAUCCCCCGACUGGCGCCGGUGAGUCGCGAAAUGAUCUUCAGCUACAUCGCCGAGAGGGUGCUGGGGUGUCCAAGAAGUUACUGA